AUGGACAAAACAGCAAAUUCAAACGUUGCAAAUGCCCUAACACCGAACGCCACUGCGAAUACAAUUUUACCAGCCGCACACUUUCCAACACCAAGUCCUCGUUCACCUUCAAACUCUUCAUCAGAUCACACUGGAACCACGUCUUCAUAUGACUUUUUAUAUGAGCUUGUGCAAAAACGUAUAACGACUUUUUCAUAUUUGAAGCGAGUUCAUGAGGGAAGGAUACAUUGGUUUAACACAGUAUGUUUAAGCAAAGAAGAUUUAGGAUCGAUGUACGAAAAUAGCAGAAUGAAGAAACGUACAGGAAACUUUUUUAUUCUUGGCUGCUCAUUGGCAUCAAUACUUGAUAUUAGUAAUCCACAAGACUACGUCAAAGCCUUGAAUGUGAUGCUACAAGAAUUUGAAUAUCACACCAAUGAUCACUCUAAACAAAAAAUGGAGAAUUAUUCCACAAAUAAUUCCCCUGCACUAUCACAUGCGCCAUGUUUAUUUCAUAAAGAUUAUGGGAUAUGCAAAAAUGAAUGGGCCACCGGUUUGGGUUUUGUAUUGGGUUUGGAAUUACAACAAAAAUCAAAAAUAACAAAACAUGAAGACUCAUCAUUUCAGGAAGGAGAAUAUACAUAUCUUUUUGUGCCAAAUAUACCUUUCGAUUUGGAUUACUUUCAGACAUUCUAUACAUUAUGUGACAUGCUUGUGGAAGUGUAUAACAAACUGCUAGGGGCUAAUAACAUAGUGGCAACCAAUUUCAUAGAAAGUGUGCUGAAAGUUGAUGGAAAAUUUAAGAAAAUAAUUUCUCAAGUAUCGAAGGAAGUAGAUACAUUAGCUCGUAAUAAUCUCAAGGAAGAAUUACGAAUAAUUGAUCCAAUUAUAAUGAUGUCACCAACUAAUACAACAUCAGGAGGUGGAAUAAUUGCUAAUACAAACAACACUGCAAUAAUCAAUGGGAAUGAUGGCUUAUGGGAUGAAGGAUGA